GAGGGAACUGGCUCCUUUGUGGUUGCCCACAGGCUAUGGCGGGAUCAGUCUCGGGGUCCUCACUGUGGUCUCCCCUCUGGUUCCUGCUGCAGCUUGCGACGUUGCUGGGGACGCUUGGGCCACAGGUCCAGACCCUCAGGCCAGAGAGCCUUCUGUUUGUAUCUACCUUGGAUGGAAGUCUCCAUGCCCUGAACAAGCAGACAGGAGACUUGGAGUGGACAGUGAAGGACGACCCCAUUAUCCAAGGACCAAUGUAUGUCACAGAAAUGGCCUUUCUCUCUGACCCAGCUGAUGGCAGCCUGUACAUCUUGGGAACCCAGAAACAACAGGGGCUGAUGAAACUGCCAUUCACCAUCCCAGAGCUGGUCCAUGCCUCUCCUUGUCGCAGCUCCGAUGGGGUCUUCUACACAGGCCGGAAGCAGGAUGCCUGGUUUGUAGUGGACCCUGAGUCAGGGGAGACCCAGAUGACACUGACCACAGAGGGCCUUUCUACUCCUCAACUCUACAUUGGCCGAACCCAGUACACCGUCUCCAUGCACGACCCACGGACCCCAGCCCUGCGCUGGAACACUACCUACCGCCGCUACUCAGCGCCCCCCAUGGACGGCUCGCCUGGGAAAUAUAUGAGCCACCUGACAUCCUGUGGGAUGGGCCUGCUUCUCACUGUGGAUCCAGGAAGUGGAACUGUGCUAUGGACCCAGGACCUGGGAGUGCCUGUGAUGGCCAUCUACACAUGGCAUCAGGAUGGCCUGCGCCAGCUGCCCCAUCUCACGCUGGCUCGGGACACCCUACACUUCCUUGUCCUCCGCUGGGGCCACAUCCGACUGCCCGUUUCCAGUUCCCAGGACACAGCAACCCAGUUCUCUUCCUCGGACACCCAGCUUUUGAUGACACUGUAUGUGGGGAAAGAAGAAGCUGGUUUCUAUGUCUCUAAAGCACUGGUCCAUACUGGGGUGGCCCUCGUGCCCCGUGGACUGACCCUGGCCCCCAUGGAUGGCCCCACAACAGAGGAGGUGACGCUUCAAGUCUCGGGAGAACGAGAGGGCUCCCCCAGUACUGCUGUGAGAUACCCCUCAGGAAGCGUGGCCCUCCCCAGCCAGUGGCUCCUCAUUGGAUACCAUGAGCCUCCCCCAGUCCUGCACACCACCAUGCUGAGGGUUCAUACCGCCCUGGGGAAAGCAUCCGCCGAGACAAGAGCCCCACAGGGCCUCCAUGCUCCAGCUCUCUUCUCCGAGCUCCUAAACCUGAGGAGGGAGGAACCUUGGGAUCCAAAACUACAUCCUGAAGAGAAAGCUUCAGACUCUUAUCCAGGGCUGGGAUCCCAAGACCUGUUAGCAGCUAGCUUCACUGCCAUCCUUUUAGGAGCCUGGGUUCUCUACCUGAUGAGGCAGCAGCAGCAGCAAUGCCCUUCAGCACCUGCAGGCCCUCCUGACCCCUUGCAGGAUUCUCAGACACAGCCCUCAAUGGCCACCCCGCAGGACCAGAAGAGAUUGCAAAGCCUCCCAGAACCAUCUCCGACAUCCCAUGACCCUGAAGCAGAGCAGCCCACUGUGGUGGGGAAGAUUUCCUUCAACCCCAAGGAUGUGCUGGGACGUGGGGCAGGCGGGACUUUUGUUUUCCGAGGGCAGUUUGAGGGACGGGCCGUAGCAGUGAAGAGGCUUCUCCGAGAGUGCUACAGCUUGGUUCGGCGAGAGGUGCAGCUGCUUCAAGAGUCUGACAGGCACCCCAAUGUGCUCCGCUACUUCUGCACUGAGCGUGGUCCCCAGUUCCACUACAUUGCCUUGGAGCUCUGCCAAGCCUCCUUGCAAGAGUAUGUGGAGAACCCAGACCUAGACCGCUGGGGCCUGGAGCCCACCAUGGUGCUACAGCAGAUGAUGUCCGGCCUGGCCCACCUACACUCUUUACACAUAGUACACCGUGACCUGAAGCCGGGCAACAUUCUCAUGGCUGGGCCUGACAGCCAAGGCCAAGGCAGAGUGGUCAUCUCUGACUUUGGCCUCUGCAAGAAGCUACCUGCUGGCCGUUGUAGCUUCAGUCUCCGUUCUGGCAUUCCCGGCACAGAAGGCUGGAUGGCUCCGGAGCUCCUGCAGCUGCCCGCAGUCAGCCCUACCAGUGCUGUGGAUAUCUUCUCUGCAGGCUGCGUGUUUUAUUACGUGCUUUCUGGAGGCAGCCACCCCUUUGGAGCAAGUCUCUACCGUCAGGCCAACAUCCUCUCAGGGGAUCCUUGUCUGGCUCAGCUGGAAGAAGAGACCCAUGAGAAUGUUGUGGCAUUGGACUUGGUGAAAGCCAUGCUGAGCCUGCUGCCCCAGGGUCGUCCCUCAGCAGGCUGGGUACUGGCCCACCCCCUCUUUUGGAGCAGAGCCAAGCAACUCCAGUUCUUCCAGGAUGUCAGCGACUGGUUGGAGAAGGAGCCAGAGCAGGGGGCCCUUGUGAUGGCACUGGAGGCUGGAAGCCACAAGGUGAUCCGGGAAAACUGGCACAAGCACAUCUCGGCACCAUUGCAGGCAGAUCUGAAACGGUUCCGGUCAUAUAAAGGGACGUCCGUGCGAGACCUGCUGCGUGCCAUGAGGAACAAGAAGCACCACUAUAGGGAGCUCCCAACUGAGGUGCGCCAGGCACUAGGCCAACUCCCCGCUGGCUUCAUCCAAUACUUCACACACCGCUUCCCGAGGCUGUUGCUCCACACUCACCACGCCAUGAGGACCUGCGCUUCUGAGAGCAUCUUCCUGCCCUACUAUCCACCAGCUUUGGAUGCCAGGAGGUCCUGCCAGAUGCCACAAAGGGCUGAGAUCACCACAGGUCCCAAAGGCAGACCAAGAAGUUGAGCCUGUGGCUGAAUCUGGCCUCAAGAGUGUCAGAAAAGGUGGGCAGCAGUUUAGCAGCCUGAGACUAUUGGGGCAGAGGAAUACUCUGGGGUCAGGGAACACUUAAGAAAUAUAGGACCAAGGAAAAAGAGAUGUACAUAUAUUUAAUGUAUAUAAAGGCAAGGAAAGGGCAGUCUCAGAUUCAAUAGAAAUAUCUAUACAGUUCAUACAGUGGGCUGAGGGCAGGAGAAGAGGUUGUAAACCCACACCCAAACAUGUACAAAAAUAACUUACACAGCAACCCCUUCAAGCCAGGCACUGCUCCCUGCCCAGCCCCCAGGGCCAGGGGCACUGAACAGCAGCCCCAGGGGGCCAGCAGUGCAGGCCCAGAGCUAGCAGAGUGAAGGGGCACCAGUCCGAAGGACAGAGACCUAGGAGGAGGCCUUGAGGCGGUUGCAAGCGGAGCGUGAGCUCAGCAGCUUGUCUACCAUAGUGCGGGCAUAGCGGAGGCGGCUAGCCAGUUCUUUGCAGCAGCCGUAUUCUUCCAGAAGGCUCAGUCGGUAUGUUCGGAAGUCCCUCUUCUCAUCGAUGUAGGUCACGGCUGCCAUCAGGGGACACAGGAUAAGCUUGGUAUGGUCCUAGGAGGGAAGGAGGGAGCAAGCUGGUGUCUGAGGUUAAGGUUAAGAGGGGAGGAAGGCACUGCAGCUGGUAAAGUACUUGGGUGCGGCCACCCAAGUACUGCCCCUGCCCUGCAUACCUGGAAGAAAUUAAUCUGCACAGUGCCAUUGCUGAGGUGCAGGAUGAUGGCGCUGCGUGUGCGGAACCACGUUCGCAGGUAGGGCAGCCGGGCCAGCUCGUCACCUUCCCGGGGCGUGAUGUUGGCCCCUGCCUUCAGCAGGUGUUCGCUCAUGUAGUUGCGGAAAUACUUGAGGAGUGUGAUCUACUUGGAAAGUUGGGGGAGGGAUUUCGGAAUGAGGGCCUGACGCUGAGGCGGGCUCCGUACGUACCACACUAGCCCUCGGCAGCCAGUACCCACCUUCUUCAUUAAGGAGUUGGGGUGGGAGCUCACGGUGAGGUAGGACUCCGUGCCAUCACGCUCUAUGUACUGUAGGCUGUCACCGUCAUUGUAGAGGAUAAGGCGUGUUGAGUCAUUAAAGAGCACCCCCACACUGUUGUCACACAGUUGAUACCCUGGUGACAAGUGGAGGGCUAUCUCAGAAGGGCAGGAGGAGGUGGGCAAAGGCUUUGAAAUAGCUCAGUAGUACAGUGCUCGCCUACCAUGCAGAAGGCCCUGAAUUCAAUUUUUGGGCACACACAUACACGCACAAAUCACUCACUCAAAGGAUAGAUACCAUGGCCUCACCAUCCCCCCGCCCACCCCACUUUCUGGGACACCUACCAAGGCCAUACUUGUCCGAAUAGUCUACCCACUUGCUGACCCAGAAGAUAGGGAUGCAAGCAGGAUCCUCAGCCUCCUCUGAGACAGAAAAAGAGCACUGGUUAGGUCAGCCCCAUAGCCCCAUCCCGUCCUCUCAUGCAGCCCUCCCCAGGGCAGAAUACUGACCCCAUGAAGCCUGAGGAGGGGCCUGACAGCACAAUCCUAGACACCCAGACAUCCAAAUGGAGAAUCACAGCCCAGGAUGCCAAGUGGGCCCCCUUUACUCUAAGCCUACUGCCUCUCAUGAGCAGUGGUAGGUGUGGACAGGAAAAGAAAACGCCAGGCUUCUCAAAGAGCCCACAGUCCAACCACAGGGAUAAAAAAAUGAUCAAAAUCUCUAGGCUGCUCUGUCCUUAGCACUGGGGCUGGUGGAAGACCUACUGCCCCAGAUUAAAGUGAUGAAGAAACAUAGCUGACCAUUCAACUACUGCAACGCUAGAACCAACUCAGUGUACACAGGUCCCUAUUGUAAAGACAGGAAUGUGCUGGGAAGAGAUGUUACAUUAGAGAAUUAAGUCAGGUUUGGAAGAGCUGGCAGUGGGGGUCAAGGCAGUGACAUUGGGCACAAAAGCCCUGAGGCUGGAGCUGAUAUGAACCUCUUGAGGAAUUCAUUCCCUGAGCGGAAGAGACCCAGACAGUGCCCUAUGCAGAGCUGGCCGGCCUAUUAGCCACCCACAAGAUGAGAUGGAGCAGAAGCAGGCAGAAGGCACACUAGGGAGGGGUGUGGGUGAAGGCUAACUCAUCUGGACUUCGAUCAAUAGGAAAUGGGCAAAGCAAAGGUCGAGUGGGCACUGGGCCUUGGCGCUCUGCUGGCUGAGACACCCUGCCUUCUCUGGACAUGCACUCACCUUGCCGCACCAACCCUCGCUCUGAGGGCUUGGAGGCAUUGACGCUGGUCAGCUGCUGCAGCAUGUCACUCAGGUGGCACUCGAUGGCCUCAUUUGUCUCCCGAACCACUGGCUCUUCUUUUUCCCGGGGACGGUCAGGCAACGGGUUCUCCAUGCCUGAGAAGGUGACAUGGUCAUUGGUCAGGGAAGACAGUGACAUGGUCACUGGCCAGGCACAAAACUGGAGGAGCAUGCGAAUUUUACUGCCUGCCACAGCUAGCACUCUUCCCAGAGAACUCUUUUUAACUAUCACCGCUUUGGGGAAACUGAGUCAUUACCAGUUUGUGUGACAGGUAUGUGGUGCUUACUGAGAGGCCACAAGCUUCAGGCGCUCAGGCCUCUGACCCGACAGCCUGGUUUUCCAGGACAGCAGCUGUUGCUGUCAGUGAAGGAGGCUGCCUGAAGGCACCAGCAACUCAGAGCCGCUCCCCUCCCAUUCAAGCAAAGAGUGAAGGGCACCUGUGCUUCCAAGAAGGUGGAAGGAUGGGUGGGUGGGGCACAAUGUUUCUCAGGAUAGAUUCCUUUAAAUAAAGCUUCAGCAGCUUCCUACUGGAA